AUGGAAGCUAAAGUGACGAACACGACCGAAGCCGCCGACCGCAGCGACGUCCUCUCGCGCUGGUGGACGGUGGCCAUCGUUGUGCAACUGAUCACCUGCGUCUUUGGUGUUGUGGGAAGCGUCCUGAGCAUCUAUUGCGUGAGACUCUCCAAGAAAAUGCACAAGGGAAUGGCUCUUCAGUUCUACCUGUUCUUCAUAACGUUCUUCAUCAUCUGUAUGAUUAUUCUUCCGACCUCUGUGGUGGACGAAUACUACACGUUGAUUGGCUGGCAAGAUAAGCAAACGGCUUUUAACGUCGCUCUCCAUACGAUCUUUGAGAGCUUUGAACGCAACGUCAUCGGCCUUAUUGUUGUUUACAGGUUGAUGGCUGUGUGUUUCCCAGUGCCGUUCAAGCUGCUGUCCCGUCCCGUCGUGGUCCUCACCUUGGAACUGGUUCUGUUCCUGGGAGUCCUCGCUUUGUGGAUCAUUGUGUUCCUUACUGAGAAUUACGACCAAGGUGACGUGUGGAACCCUAUUAGGAGUGACAAAGUGUUUGCAAUGUACUGUUUCACUCUGUUUGUGCCCAUUGCCGUUACAACCUCCUCGUAUGCCAUAAUGCUUGUGGUCCGCACCCUCAAGAGGCGGGCAGCAUCCGCGGGCGAGGGGCCAGCGAGCCUCGACAGCGUCAGCUUCGCCGUGGGCAUCACCAUCCUCUUCAACAUCUUCCUCGACGUCCUUUACUUCGUCAUCCACUUCUGCGUGACCAGGACGACGGACUUCAGCUUCGUGAUCAUUCGCAUGAUCUACAGGCUACACUUCGCCCUCGACCCGCUCUGCUUCGUGGUCUUCAACAGGCAUUACCGGAAGGAGAUUAAGACGAGGGGCCUUGCCUGGCUGCAGAACCAGGCCUCUCGGCUCCCGACCUUCGCUUCCAACGCCCUGCCGCUCCUCGAGCUAGGGUGCGGCGGGCCUUUCCGCUUUGCACCUCCCCCCCCCAAAAAAAAAAAAAAAAAAAAAAAAAAACACGCAUACACACAAAUAAAUAUGCAUACUUUAACGAACGCAUUUGGACGAAGAAAUGAGUUUAUUUAUAUUGGCUUUGCUGAUUUGAGGUUGGGUUUAAUGUUCCUUUGCAUUUAUUAUUACAUUUAAAUGCAUUUUUUAAAAGUUAUGACGAGAAGCAUGAAAAACUCACCCCAUUGCGUUGGUAGUGUAAGGUUUUAAUGUCAAGAUUUUACAUUUCAAGAAAGAAAGUGUUAUAACUUGGACAUUUCCAAGGUCUUGUAUAUUAAUAAGUGGGUUAGUUUAGUUUUCAGAAUUGUUACUAUUUAACCUAUAUUCUCUUCGUCUUUCCUUUAUAGUUAUAGCUAAUUGGAAUUACUUUAAAUUCCUCUUUCUCUUUGCCUUUUCUUCAUAUCAUGUAAGUGGCGUUUCUGACGACCCGAUUGAAAAAAGAACACUUAACAUUCACUGAUUUUUACCUUAACAUAAAAGGCAAAUUAUUUAGCCAUUUAAGCAACGUUAUUAAAACAUAACCUUUGUCAUUAUGGGUCUUAGCGUCCGCAUUAAGUAAUUUGAAUAGUAUUACGACCCUCCUGCCCUGCACUCAUUUGACGGUGGCCCAAAACACUCAGUAUAUCCCUCAGCUGUUUUUUCGCAAACCAACCGUCCUUGCAUGGCAAACCACUGAGACAUGUCGAGCGAGAGGAGGCUGGAUUACUUGAUCCGGGAUGCAUUAAGCGCUCGGAACUGCACUUCGGAGGUACUUUAGAACGGUGUUUUUUACCUUUUUAGUCACGAACCCCUUUGAGAAUCUAAAUUUGUAUAAUGUACUCUCUUUAUUGAGUAUUAAACUUCAAAGUAAUAAAAAAAAAACUUUUUAUGCAAAAAGUAAUGGCUAAGGUUGCAUAGCGAAGAUAGAGGAUCCUUUUUUUUCAUCCUCACGGACCCCAGGUUAGAACCCCAGCUUUGAGACUGUAAAUUGGCGGCCAUCUUGUUUGUUUACAAAAGGCUGCGGGGUGAAGCGAACGACCUCAAAACGCAGGGAUCAUCUUCCUUGUAUAUUAAAGCAAUAGGAGGCUAAUGUAAAACAACCGUAGAUCCUGUAUUCCUCAGUUCCUAUGCUUCCAAGCCUUGAUAACCUAACUCAGACUGGGGAACAGAGGUACUGGAAUGAGCCUCAGUAAAUGUGAAAAUGUGAUUUCAGUUGCAGAAAAAUGUGAUGUUGAGCAGAUAUAGCUUGGUGUGUAUUUGUGUGAUCAUCGUUCCUAAAAUAACUUUGACAGUGCCUUUCUUUGUUAUUUUAGAUUCAAAAAUCCUUAAGAUUUAGGGCUUAAGGGUAAUUAAACCGUAGCUGUGUUUACUUUAUUUUUAAAUGUGAUGCUCAGUGCGCAAAAAAUGUAAUGUUAUAUCAUAAUACAUGCAAAAUUGGUAAUGCAUUUUUUGUUUACAUUAAUAUGAUUUUAUAAUUGACGUUGCAUCCAUUGUUCUUCUAUAAAGCAACCAAUGGUGAUUUAUAUGAUAUAUUAUAAAUCUUAAUUCAUGUUCUUGUUAUUGCCAUUUGAGCAAUAAAAAGAAAGUGUUUUUCCUUAUUAUUUUUUGUGGACAGAAAAUAUGUUUUGGGGUUGCGUCAUAAUUCGAAAAUAAAGUGGUCUAUACGUAUGUGUAAUUCUAAUUAACUUCCAAUUAACUGCAUUUUUAUUACAGAAUUAACCAAGAUAUUAUAAAAUCAUUACACAUACAAUUCACAGCGCAUGCUUACUCUCAAAAUCAUCCGUACAUUAUCUAAUAUAGAAAAUACUCUUGCAUGUACAAAUUCGAAUAGAAAAGCACACACAUACACCAAAGACAUGACUCAUUUACACACACACACACACACACACACACACACAGAUAUAUAUAGUAUAAAUGUAUAUACCAACUGUGCAUUCACACACACAAACACACACACACACACA